CUGAUAAGGAUUACUGUUGUUAUACUUUCAGUUUUUAGGAUACAGACCAAUAUACAUACAUCUGGACACAUUGGGAUAGUAUCUCAGACCAAAGUUAAAAAUCUAAAAAUUCUCCAAAAAUUCAGGAAAUAUUUUUUAUAAAUUGUUAAAUAAAGUUGAAGCAUGCGGAAUCCUCUUACUGCUAUAAGUGAGAAAGUGGUUCAUGGAUUAGAGGAUUUCUUCUCCUGGUACGGGAUCAAGGUUGCAAGACAUCCUUUUAUAGCAAUUCUAGCAUGUUUAGUAAUCACAGGGGCUGCAGCUAUUGGCAUGAUCAAAUAUAGGACAGAGAAUAAUGCCUUUAAACUAUGGAUUCCGGAUAAUUCUGAUUUUGUUGCUGACAACGCUUGGUUGGAGGAAAACUCUCCUCCUGAAAUCAGAUUUAAUUCCCUGAUAGUGACAAGUCCAGGGGGCAGUGUGCUUAAUCCAGAACUUAUAAAACAUCUUAAUAAACUUAGAUUAAAGGUCAACGAGUUUGAAACAGAUGAGAAUAAACUGGAUUGGAAGCAACAAUGUUUCCAGCGAGAUGUUCCUAAAUUUGCUGUUCAGCAGGAUAUACCCUACCCAGAAGCUUGUCCUGGAAUAGCUUCAAUGCUUGAACCAGUCUGUUUUGAGCAAAGCAUUCUGGAAUUUUGGCCGAAAGAUUAUGAUUUUGAAAAGCUCGAUCAGACUUCACUACUUGAACAAAUCAAUGCUGACAAUGCAUUUAGUUCAUUUUUCAAGACUCCCAUCAAUAUUGUGGAUUAUCUGGGAGGCAAGAUUGAACGUGAUCCAACAGGCAAGAUAGUUUCAGCUGAAGCAACCUUUAUGAGAUGGUAUGGCAAGAUAAAUAGUACUGCUGUAACUCCAGAUGAUAUUAGUUCCUCUGGUACAGGUGAAAUAGUAGAUUCUAAUUCUCUAGAGUGGGAGGAACAACUGGAAAAAGUUCUCAAAGAUGAUCAAAGUGAACUGCCUGCCAACAUUGAGACGUUUAUCAAUGUUGCAAGAUCCUAUUCAGAUGUUGCUGGUGAAACUAUUGUAAAUGAUGCUAUGAUGAUGCCAAUUGGGUUUCUUAUCGUAUUUGUUUACGUUACAAUUAUGCUUGGGAAGUUCACUUGUACAGAGCAGAGAGCUCUGCUUGCCCUUGGUGGAUUAGCAUGUAUAGGGUUGACUGUUGGAUUCACGUACGGAUUCUGCUCUGCUCUAGAUCUAUUCUAUGGACCUAUGCACAAUGUUAUUCCCUUCCUACUGCUUGGUAUUGGAAUCGAUGAUAUGUUUGUGAUCAUGCAGUGCUAUGACAACCUAGGACCACUGAAAACAGACAACAUACAAGAAAAUAUUGGGAUGACAAUGAGACAUGCUGGUGUAGCAAUUACUGUAACAUCUUUGACAGACUUUAUUGUAUUUGCACUCGGAGGAACAACUGUUCUUCCAGCUUUAAAAUCUUUCUGUUUGUGGUGCAGUGUGGGGAUAAUAGCUGUUUACUUCUUCCAAGCAACACUGUUUACCGCCUUCCUAACUCUAGACUGCAGACGAUUAGCUUCCAACAGGAAUGGCCUCUGUCCCUGUUAUACUCACAAAAAGAAGAAAGAAAAGGUUGAUAUCACCAAAAUAGAUCUGUCUCUUUCACAAAAGUGUUUCCAGCACUUUUCCAAAUUUAUUCUCAGCCUCCCGGGUAUGAUUGUUGUUGUCGUGUUAGGAUUAGGAUUACUAAGUGGGGGGAUCUGUGGAAUGGUUUUCCUGGAACAAAAGUUUGAUCCAGUUUGGUUUCUACCGUCAACAUCCUCGGUAGCUCUGUGGUUUGCAGCUAACGAGGAAUACUUUCCAAGUACCGGGGAACAGGUUACAGUUUACAUCACAGAAAUAGAUUGGGAUGCUGAUCUUGAUAAGGUUGGGGAGCUGGUUGAUAAAUUCAAGGAAGCUACUGACAUCAUUGACGAAGUAAAUACGUGGUAUGAUGAUCUUAUCAUUGCCAAAACAACACACUGUAAAAAUUUUGCCAACAAUUUUAAUGGACUCCUGACCUGCUUCUUGUUCUCAAGUCCACAAGGGUUUUCAGCUCAAGGGGACUUUCAGUUUGUAGAUGGAGGGGAGCUUGUUUGCGGCGAACCAGCUCCAGAAAUACUCCUGGGAAAGUUCACUUUUACGCAUAAAAGGUUCAGCGGAAGGGAUGAGCAUAUCCCAGCUCUCAACAAAGUCAAGGAUAUCAUCAACGGAGUCAAGUUUUCCAAAGGAGACGUUUUCCCAAUGGCCCGAGAGUACUCCAACUGGGAAACUGAUGAAGUUAUUACAAAUGAACUUCUGAGAAAUGUUGGGCUUGCAAUAGCUUGUGUUUUUGUUACUACUCUGAUCCUACUUGCGGAUAUUCUUGGUUCUAUAUUUGUACUUCUCUGUGUAGCUCUAACCCUGGUUGAUCUUUGUGGAUAUAUGCACUUUUGGGGCCUUACUGUAGAUGUUGUGAGCAGUGUUAAUAUCAUCAUUGCUAUAGGUUUAUGUGUUGAUUAUUCGGCUCAUAUCUGCCACACCUUCCUAACAAUCGGCGGAUCAAGAAGAGAAAGAUCCGCCCAAACCCUAGUCAAUAUAGGCCCUGCAGUUCUAAACGGCGGAGUCUCAACAUUUAUUGCAUUUGUCCUGCUAGCGGGCAGUGAUUCUCAUGUAUUCUCAUCAUUCUUCAAAAUAUUCUUCCUCGUCGUUGUUUUCGGACUUUUCCAUGGGUUGGUUCUACUCCCGGUAGUCCUACGGAUAGCAGGACCUGGAGCAUAUACAACAUCAGAUCCGUCCCAAUCCUCUAAACCCAAACAGAAGAAAGAAACUGAAAAUGAAAUGAAUGAAGUAGAGAAAAUGUAGUCAAAUAUUUUUAGAUUUUUGUCUUAUUAUUAGUAAUAAUAUUUUAUAUUGCACUAUAUUGUAAAUAUUAAAUACAUGAAAUGAUGUUGUCAUAUGUAUUUAAAAGCAUUAGGAAAAUCCGUAGAUAAAUAAAUAAACAUAGAUAA